UCGCGAGCGGUCGUGUCGCUCGCCUCGGUACCACCUGUAGAUACGGAUUUCAGUGCUUGUGGUUGUGUUUGUGUGUGUGUGUUGUGAUACAAGGUAAUUUUAGAAAUAUAGUGUUUAUUGUGGAAUACGUACAAUGAGAAGCUAGCCCAGAGUAGUUGUGACAUGUGUCAAAGUGACAAUGAGGUGAUUUGACAGUGACAGUGAUUGUGACAGCAGUGACAGUUAUGACAGUUAUGUGCUGACUCCCGCCAAGAUGUCGAUGUUACUACUUUUGUUUGUUUGUGCCGUAUCCUCCACCGCGUUCCAACAACAAUACUUCAGGGUUCCACCUCGGAGUCUGAGGGUGCAGGAGGGAUCAGAGGCCGUUCUGGAGUGCGCGGUCGCUAACUUGGCAGGCCAGGUGCAGUGGGCGAAGGAUGGAUUUGCGCUUGGUUUCUCGUCGAUCAUCCCCGGGUACCCUCGCUACACCAUGUUCGGUGACCGUCGCCAUGGUGUGUACAACCUUCGGAUAGCCAACGUCACCCUGGAGGAUGAUGCUGAGUAUCAGUGCCAAGUUGGACCGGCCCAGAUGCACAAGGUCAUCAGAGCGAACGCGAGCCUGACUGUUAUAUCGCCGCCCACAUCAGUGGAGAUAGUCUCCCACCCCCACAACUCGAAGCUGGAGGUACGGGAGGGGGAGGAUGUGUCUUUGGAGUGCCAGGUUAGGAAUGCCAAGCCGGCAGCCAAAGUGGUCUGGUAUAGAGGCAACCAAGAGAUGAAGGGAGACAAAGUCGCAAACGAAGAGAUUCGAGAGAUCGAGAGCCCCAGUGGGAACCCCAAGUCUACGAGAUACACAACUAUAUCCAGGGUCCACUUCAAAGCGGCGGCGGAGGACGAUUACGCCGACUUCACAUGCGAGGCGAGACACGACUCCCUACAACGGGACACGCCGAUGCGCAGCACUGUACAACUCAGCGUUCUAUAUCCCCCCGGGGCACCGUACAUCGAGGGUUACGCUGACGGGGAGACGGUCAGACGUGGCCAGAGUCUGGAGCUGGUGUGCAGGAGUCGAGGAGGGAAUCCACCGGCACAGCUCAUAUGGUACAAGAACGGAGAGCAGAUCAGGAUGGCUUACAGGACGAGCGGGCGCAUGUCGGAGAAUGUUCUCUCCUUCAAGGCGGAGGCUUCCGACAACAAGGCGAGGUAUACCUGCGAAGCCAAGAACGUGAUGAUCAGCAACACUUUGAAGGCGGAGAUCGACUUGACCGUCCUCUUCGCUCCAGCUCACGUCACCAUCUCCGGUCCAACGGAAGCCCGGGUCGGGGAUCCAGUCCCCUUGACCUGCAGCACAGCACCAUCCAACCCUGCGGCCGACAUCAAGUGGAUGGUGCUGGGGAAGCAUCAUAAGGAGGCCAGCAAUCGGACGGUGAUAUCGCCUGAAGGUGGUUGGAUAACCACAUCCAACAUUACCGUCAUCGUGGUUCCCGAUCGAAGGUCUAUCGUGGUGACAUGUCACGGUAUCAACGCCCAGCUGACAGAGAACAUGGUCACCACGCACACCAUCAAUGUACUAUACCCCCCGUCGGCGCCCAUCGUCACCGGCUACGUCCCUGGUACCACUUUAGCCGCGGGAACCGUACAGAAGAUAUCCUGUAUGUCGACAGGCGGCAACCCUCUAGCCACGCUGACUUGGUUCAAAAAUGAUAAGAAGAUCCACUCCACCACGAAGACAUCAGACAAGGCGGUCACAGCAGAGAUCUCCAUCCUCACGAAUGUGACAGACAACCAGGCUCAGUACCGAUGCGAAGCCACCAACAGCGCAACUGAAAUACCCCUGUUUGAGACUGUCACGCUGAAUGUUCACUUCGCCCCCGAAGCGGUAAAGGUUCGUGCGGAACCUGAGGAACUGAAGCCAGGUCUCGAAGCGACACUGUACUGCGACGCCGCGUCCAGCAACCCGCCAGCAACGCUAUCUUGGUGGAGGGACGGCAUUCCGGUCAAAGGUCUACCGAUGCAGCUGAAGAAGGGACUCCACGGAGGGACAGUCUCCAGCAUUGAACUCAAGCUUAACAUAACCAAGGACCUGAACGGAGCUGUCUAUACAUGCGAGGCUAUGAACGAAGCGUUACAAAGGAGCGUCCAUGAUGCCCUGCCCCUGAAAGUGUUGUACGCCCCCAUCUUCGAUGAGGCCCCACUGACUGCUGCUGGCGUCGAAAACGAACCCCUGGUGAUCAUGCUGCGAGCCGACGGCAACCCCAGCGCCGUCACAUACACCUGGACGAAGGACGGACUCCCCAUCACGCAGUCGUCGUAUAGCACAUCGAACGACAGAAUAAUAUCGGAAGGGGGCAUGCUGAAUAUGACGCGGCUGUCGCGUCAUGAUGCCGGCGUGUACACCUGCGAGGCUGUCAACUCCCAGGGAGCGGCCACUGUCAACAUCACUGUCAAUGUCCACUAUGCUGCGGGCAUUAAGUCAGUUGUUCAGCAAGGAAUAGUGGCACCGAACGAAGACGCGGUACUGGCUUGUACUGCUACAGGAAACCCCCUAACUUCAGACCACAUAACUUGGCAGCGUCAGGACUACGAUCUAUCAACCCACACCAUAACCUUUGAACCCAGGAACCAAACCAGCUUCCUCCUCAUCGAGAGGGCUACCAGAGAAGAUGUGGGUAACUUUGAAUGCGUGGUCAACAACGGAAUAGGAGGGGAGAGCAGACAGGAAGUGACGUUAGUGGUGAAGUUCAAACCGGAAAUGAAUACGUCGUCGAUCCUGGCAAAAUCUGCGAGCAACGCUGGGCAAGUGGGCAGAUUGACUUGCAAAUGCAAGUCCGCACCCGCGCCCAACUUCACUUGGUCGAAAUCCGGUAUGAAGUUACCUGUGAACACUUCGACGAAAUACUACGCUGAGACUCGUCGAAUCGACGCCGUGACGUACACUUCGACACUCCUAGUGUCCGACGUCGGCAGUGAUGACUAUGGAGCUUACGAAUGCGGCGCGAGGAACGAAAUGGGACACUCCGUGACCACUGUGACACUGGAUGUCACGGCUGCGCCAGAUCCGGUGCAGUCGAUCGCCGUGACGAACGUCACGUACAACUCUGUGACGCUGAGCUGGACCGCCGGUUUCGAUGGGGGACUCUUCACGUGGUUCAGGAUUAGAUACAGGAAAAUCUACGAAGACACUUACCGGUACGAGGACGUGGUGCCGCGUAACGCCACCACGUUUACCGUCCGAGGGCUGGAGCGCAGCACCGACUAUGUGUUCUCAGUGAUGGCUAUCAACAAGAUGGGCCAGAGCAAGUACCGGCCGGACGACACGAAGGCGACUACGCUGACUUCGUCCGAAGUAGGGGAACUGAAUGUAGUGUCCACUGAGUACGUAGAGAACGGGGACUCGUCGAAAUCGAUGGUGGUGUACGCGUGUGUCGCGGGCGCCAUUUUGGUUGUCGUGAAUGUUGCUAUUGUUGCUUAUUUUAUUUUGAAGCGGCGCUCCCGUUUGAAAGCAGAACAAGCGGGUCAAUCCUCAAAGUCCGCCACAAUAGAAAUGUACGCGCCGUCAUCUUACAACGACACCAUGACGGGAGAAACCCUGAGCUCUGUCAGCGAGAAGUCGGAGACGUACUCCCAAGAUGGCGACCAGCCACCGCCGAUACCGGAGGUGCCGAGUAUGCCACGGCAUAUGAUCAAUCAGACGGACGCAUACCUGUUGGAUGAGCAGGGACUAUCGGUGCCCCCAUUGGACUACCCGCCCCCCAACUACGCGCCCUACGACCCCCCAUACUCCACUCUCCCCCAUCCGCGACAUACGAGAGAAGUAGGGGGACACAACACACUCGGACGCAGUUCUGGAAAACAAUACAUGCCGGCGCCCAGCCCGAUGCCGCCGCUCGACGGGUCUUACUACAACAUGAGCUCCGACCGCUACCUCUCCUACCCGCCACUUAUCGGGGAAUACCUGCAGCAGCAGGCCGGCCGCACGCCGACGCCGCCGCAGCAGUUCGCCGCGCCGCUGCCCGCACCCCUGCCGAUGCAUGAUGACCGAGCAGGCGGCACGUUGCGUCGACAGCGACUGGACAAGCUGGCGGUGCCACCACCGGACGUCACCGUGCUGCAUCAGGGGAACUGCUCACAGCACGCGCCAACCACUCCUACCGUGAAGCAACCUCAGUCCAUACUCAAGGACCCAUCCCGCCACAAGUAUGGCAACCAAUACGGAAGCCCAGUGUCCUCCAGCACACCCCAAAACCAGAUUUUGACAGUCCAGAACCUGACUAAUGAUGUACCGCAGUACGGAACCAUUAAGAAGGAGAAGAAACCAAACGUCACGAUAGACGAGUCGUACAACAAGCGGGAAACGCACGUCGUGUAAGUUGAAAGUGAGGAAAGUAACUUAUCGUUGAAAGUGAAGUGUUGACUAAUCGUUGAACGUAAAGUGUAGAAAAUCGUUGAAAGUGACUGAUAAGUGUUGAAAGUGACUUAGAAGCGUUGAAAGUGACUUAUAAGUGUUGAAAGUGACAUUGAAAGUAAAGUGUUGAUUGUGAAAGUGAUUAUGUUGAAAUCAAUUGUUAUAUAACAAUGUUGAAACGGACAAACAAAUGUACAAUGUGUAAAUAAUUAGAUAGUUUUGACAAUUUCACUGAUUGUGAUACGGCGCCGUGUCAGGUAGACGUUAAUUUUUGACCGGAGCACCUAGCCAAGACGAUUUCUUUGUCGCUUCUUUAUAGAAUCGCCGAUGAAAAUGUAUGGAAUUGACAUUAGACGAGUCGAACGUCAACUUCAUACUAUCGAACGCUCAUGUCAAUUCCAUUUUAAUCUAUAAGCGAUAAAGAAAACGUCUUGGCUAAACGGCCGGGUGGUUGUAAAUGACUGAGGUUCGUUGACGAACACGUCCGAUAGUUUUUAUCGUACUUAAAAUAUUUUUAAUAAGUAAUUUACUAGGUGUAAUUCUAAUUUGCCAAGUCCGAACGGCGAUGGCAUAGAACUACAUUAAAUUCUAUGCCUAGUGCCGUAAUUUUUAUUAUAAUGUUUUUGAUCGCGGGCGUGUUUUGGGGUGAGGUGUUUUUUGGGAUCAUGUACGCAUGAUUGGCUUGAUGGCCAUGAUGGGUAACCAAGCGAAGCGAAGGGCAAUCAUUGACAAAUAUAGUCGUUUGGCAAAUAUCUUCGUUUGUAAUCUCCUAUAUUUGCCCAUCAUGGAAACAGAUCAAACGCCAAUCUGCGUGCGUCCUGAAAUGCCUGGUGAGUUUAACUCGAUGCGCUCAUGUUAUUCCCGAUUCGAUCUCUAAAUAGAUUUUAAUGAUUGUUAUAGGGUAAGUUCGUAAAUUUUACCCAGUACACUGCUUGACUAUGACGUCUAGAAUCGAUGUAAGGUUGGUUCCGAAAUAUACUCCAGUGUUUUCGACUUUGUUGGUAUAUCAUAACAGGGUAUAACAAAGCAAAGUGAUAUUACAAGAGUGUGUGUCGCCUAUAUAGAGUUCACUGUGAAAGUAGCAGCUCUG